AUGGCGGCCCCGAACUACGCCAAUCCAGACUCUCUCACGGAGCUCUCGACAAUGCUCGAGCGUACGCUCAUCGACACCGGGCGCCUCUUCAGGAAGCCAGCUUCCAUGCCCUCCAAGACCACGCUGCAGCGGUCCAUCCCCGCCUACUACGAGAGUUUCCAAGAGGCCCUGGACAACCUCUCGGAGCAGAUUUUCAUGGCAAAAGCAUUUCUGGAGAAAGAUUACGAGGCCAUCAAGGCCCAAACGGCACCCCAGCCCGUGGAAGAUGUGGUCAUGGGCGAUGCCGAGCCCAGCAAGGUCAAGCUAGAGGCGGAGAAGGCCCCGGUCGACGACCACCCGGUCGAACCCAAGAUAGAGGAGCAGCCAGCAGUAGCACCGACCAUUCCAGAGACUCACGCCGACACGCCCAUUAAAGAGGAAAAAGAAGCGGAACCCGUUCCGGGAGAGAUCGACUUUGAUUCCGUGCUUAAUGACAACGCGGGUGGCCCCAAUGACUUUGAUCUAAAUCUGGAUUUCGGGGAUGAUGCGCUGGGGAAUCAAGCUUUCCUCUCGGGAUCGACAUUCGACAAGGCGAAACCACCCGAUGGUGGUGGUGGGGGGGAGUCUUUGACCUGGAGCUGCAGAAGGACGGGGAUCCGGAGAUCAUGGGCGAGUCGAGCUUUGAUGACCUGUUCCUUGAAACGGACCAGCUCGGGGAGGGCGAUCUUGGGCAGUUAG